CAAUCCCAGCCCAACCUCCAAGAUGCCACCCCAAUCGCAAAACAUCCCACUAGCCAGCACCCUCGUGGCCCGUUUCUUACGGACAAACAACUACACGCAGACUCUAAAAGCUUUCCUGCAAGAAGCGGGGCUCCCGUCCGAUACGGGAGAACAGCGCGGCAAAGACAAUACGAGCAACUGGACCAUUGAGAACGUACUCGAGGAGAAGAAAGCCUUCGACCAAAGCAAGAACUUUGAGCGAUACGGUGACAAUGACAAGGACAAAGAUGUCUGGAGCGUUCCAGCACCAAGCAAGCCCAACAUCAUCCAAACGCCAACCAGUUCAAACCUACUGGCAUGCUCCGUAGAGCCAUGGCAAAGGCCAGAUGCACAAGCAGAGCCAUAUUUGAUCGCCACCGGCGCAGACAGGCACCUCCAUCUCUUCCAAACAUCUCCUGGCCAUGACCUCGUCCAAUCAUUCACGGGCACAUCAGAAGCCCCGAUUCUAUCGUACAUCCCAAUCCAAGAUGGAAAAUACGUCCUCAUGACCAAUAUGUCAGGCCAACUUCUUCUGCAAAAAGGCGCAGAAAUCAUCGACCGCCGCAAAGACCACGCCAAAUACGCCGUCAAAGUCAUCGCCUACGAGCAGAAGGAGGACAAUAACAACAACAACGACGGAGCAGACACCACUUCCACCUCUACGACAAUCUGGAUCGCAACCGCAGGCUGGGACUGCAAAAUCUUCCUCUACCGCAUGCAAAUCCACGACGAAGCCCCUACGCAAAUCGGCGACCCCAUCGCCUCCAUCCCUUUACUAUCCAACCCGGAAUCCAUCCUCUUCACCACCCACAUCGACAACCCCCAGGAUCUAAUCCUCCUCGUCUCCCGCCGCGACUCAAGCAAUCUUUACUACUACCAUGUCAAACCAUCGGCAGACUCAACCACCGGAUACGAAUGCCCCUUGAUCGGUAAACAGAACCUCGCCCCGCACUCCAACGCCUGGGUCGCCUUCUCCCCCUCCUGUCUGGCCCUCAGCCCACAUGACCCGGGUCUCAUCGCCAUCGCAACAUCAACUCUUCCGCAUAUGAAGGUCAUGAUUGUGCGGUUACUGUUUCCCUCAGCGGAGAGUUUGGAGACCGGCUCGGCGGAGCAGGAACAGGAGCCAGCAACGCAGGCGGCGCAGGCGUUCGCUGCCCUGUCGCUGCAGAAUCGCGAGGACGCGGCGAUCUUGAUCCAGGCGAAUACGUUUGCGCCGCAGACGGCGUACUCGACGCCGCAGGUCGUGUGGAGGCCGGAUGGCUCGGGGGUGUGGGUUAAUGGGGAUGAUGGGGUUGUGAGAGGGGUGGAGGUGAAGACGGGGAGGGUGGUGACGUUGUUGAAGGAUGGGCAUGAGGUUGGGUGUAAGAUUAGGACGCUUUGGGCGGGGUGGGUUGAUGGGGGUGAGAGGGAGGAGUGGUUGGUUAGUGGGGGGUUUGAUAAGAGGUUGGUUGUUUGGAAGGUUGAGUGA